GCACCUGAAGACUAGUACACACACACACACACACACUCAUUUGAACUGGCUCACUAAUGUUAGCUUCAUCAAAAUAGAUUUCAACACAAUGGCAAAUAUAUUAACGUUUCAAACGCAAAUUGCUUCAGUUAUGGAAGUUCUAGCAAACGCCGCUGUGGCAGAAAUCUGCAAACUUGUUGAGGACAGCUAUGCCGAAUUACAUCUUGAAAUAUCACAAACAAAAAAUGAGAAUAUCCUCCUUAAAAAGAAAUUGAAAACGAUAGAAAUCCGGGAUUCGUUUUAUCGAAGAGCGCAUAAACUGAUGAGCGAAUCAACUUCUAUGACCAGAACUAACGUUAGUGUUAACGAAAAAGUGUCAGGGCGAAUCAGCUUGAAAGUCUCUUCGGUGUGUAAUGUUGGUAGUGAUGAAGAGGGAUCAGUUCACCGCAGCAACUCGCUUCUUCAGCCUGAAAGACUUGACCAGUCUGUAGGAAGUGAUGAGCCAGAUGUUUUCAUUGUUAAAGAGGAGAGACCUGACAACAUGAGGUGUGAACAGUCAGAAAGAGAAACAGACACUGCUGAAAAUCUUGAAGAUGACGCCCAGUGCCAGAGUGCAGAAGUCUUUGUAACAGUCCACAGAGAAAACAACAUUGACCAGAACACAAUCCAACACUGCCAUCCAGAGUCUGUAGGAGAAGAUGAGCCAGAUGUUCUCAUUAUUAAAGAGGAGAGACCUGACAAUAUCAGAUGUGAACAAUCAUUGGGAGAAACAAAGACUGUCGGAAAUCAUGACACUCAGUACAUGAGCGCGGGAAGCUUUGUAGCAGUUCAUAGAGAGAACUUCAUAGACCAGGACACAGUCCAACACUGCCAUCAGGAGCCCAAUGAAAUGCAACCUGAUCUUCUUGAGGACGAAAACCCUGAAAUGUAUGACAGAGGUGAAGGUGCACAUUUACUCAAUGGUGAAACCAGAAUGGAGAGGGGUUGUGAGGAAGAAGCAGAGACUAACCCACAGCCAAUCCCUUCCUACGCCUCAUGGGUUUCCAGAAGAUUAGACGUAACCACAAACCAUCCACCCUACGGUGAAUCUGAAUGCAACGGAGGACCUUCUGUGAAUCCGUUCUUGAUGUACAGAGGAAGCGCAGAUCCUAUGUGUUCCUAUGCAGCUCCAAUAGACGCUAAUGGCUUAUCUAUGCCUGAUAUUGAAGGCCAUUUAACACAACGCAAUGGUGGUAACAAUAUUUCUCAAUCCGAGCAGCCCCCUUUCACAUCGUGCUUCUCUUUCAAACAGUCACAUUCUCCUCAGAUGCAAAGGAAAGACAAGUUUGUGUGUAAACAUUGUGGAAGAGCAUUCUCUCAACCCAGCACUCUCCACUUGCAUCAAAAACUUCAUACCAGAGAGAGGCUCCACAACUGUACACUCUGCGGUAAAAGAUUCAGUCAGGCGUCCAGUCUCAAAAGACACCACAGCAUCCAUAGAGGAGAAAAACCAUUCAGAUGCCUGCACUGUGGCAAGCAGUUCUCAGAUCAAAGCAACCUCAAAAAGCAUGUGACUGUUCACACUGGUGAAAAGCCUUAUGGUUGUAACCUCUGUGGAAAAAUGUUCAACCAGUCGUCGAACCUCAAAACGCAUAUGAAGAUCCACACACGUGAGAAGCCUUUCGGUUGCGAUCGAUGUGGGCGGAUGUUUGCACACAAGUACAUUCUGGUGAAACACCAACAGAAAAUCUGUGCGACUACUGGACAAAUGUAGACUUCACAACAAGUCUUCCGCCUUAUUUUUCAAUGCGGAAGUAAGCUGGUUUCUUUCUGAGGCAUCCGACUCAUCGGCCUCUAUACGGAAAUAACGAGAAGAUUAAAGGGUUAGUUUACCCAAAAAUGAAAAUUCUGUCAGUAUUUACUCACCUUCAUG